AUGGGCUCGUUAAUGUCUAAGCUUUUCAAAAACCGAGAUAUGCGGAUAUUGAUGCUCGGGUUGGACAAUGCAGGAAAAACAACAAUACUUUACAAGUUGAAACUUGGCAAAACGUCAAAGACUGUUCCCACCGUGGGGUUCAAUGUUGAAACUGUCAAGCACAAGAAUGUUUCGUUUGCUGUAUGGGAUUGUGGUGGACAAGAGAGAAUCAGACCUUUGUGGAGACACUAUUUCACGGGGACUAAUGCAUUGAUUUAUGUGGUUGAUUCGAGUGACAAGUCGAGAUUGGAAGAGUCAAAACAGGAAUUGUACAGAAUAAUAACCGAUAAAGAGUUGAACAACUGUUUGCUUGUGGUGUUGGCCAACAAGCAAGAUGUUGAAGGUGCGGUUAAGCCAAAAGAUUUAAUUGAAAAGUUUGAGUUGAACAAGUUGAGUGGUAACCACACUUGGUCAGUUAUACCUACAGUGGCGAUAGAUGGAACCGGGUUGGUGGAAACCCUCAAUUGGAUCUCGUCGCAUUAA